AUGUCCCUCCUACCUCCCGAAAUCCACACCGCGCUUUCUCAGCUGCUCCGCGCCUUGAGCACACCCGACAAUACCGUCAGAUCCCAGGCGGAAGACCAGCUCAACAAUGACUGGGUUCAGAACCGACCAGAUGUCCUGUUGAUGGGAUUGGCCGAACAGCUUGGCGGUGCAGAGGACACAAUAACCCGUGCUUUCUCCGCUGUGCUUUUCCGAAGAAUCGCAACAAAAACCCGAAAGGAUCCCGCCUCGGGCGACAACAAGGAGAUUUUCUCGUGCCUCCCCAACGAGCAGCGAAUUGCCAUUCGUGAGAAGUUGGUGACCUGUCUGACGAAUGAAACUGUCACCGACGUACGCAAGAAGAUUGGAGACACAUUGGCUGAGGUUGCUCGGCAAUACACCGAUAAUGGCGAACAGUGGCCUGAACUUCUCGGUGUUCUCUUCCAGGCAAGCCAAAGCCCUGACUCGGGCCUUCGAGAAACCGCAUACCGCGUCUUCACGACCACCCCCGGGAUCAUUGAGAAGCAGCACGAAGAUGCUGUCGUGGAGGUUUUUACCAAGGGUUUCAAAGACGAUAAUAUUUCCGUGCGGAUUUCCGCUAUGGAAGCCUUCGCUUCGUUGUUCCGGUCGAUCUCCAAAAAGUCCCAGCCUAAAUUCUUCGGCCUCAUGCCAGACCUUCUCAACAUCCUUCCUCCUCUCAAGGAGGCCUCUGAGAGCGAGGAGCUGUCCUCGGCACUGCUCGCCUUGAUCGAAUUGGCUGAAAUCAGCCCCAAAAUGUUUAAGGUCAUGUUCAACAACUUGGUUAAAUUCAGCAUCAGUGUCAUUGGCGACAAGGAGCUCAGCGACCAGGUGCGCCAGAACGCACUCGAAUUGAUGGCUACCUUUGCCGACUACGCCCCGAAUAUGUGUAAGAAGGAGCCGGAGUUCGCACAGGAAAUGGUCACACAGUGUCUGAGUCUGAUGACUGAUGUCGGUGCGGAUGACGACGAUGCGGAGGAAUGGAACGCGUCUGAGGAUCUCGAGCCUGAAGAGAACGACCUCAACCACAUCGCUGGUGAACAGUGCAUGGACCGUCUCGCCAACAAACUGGGUGGACAGGCCAUCCUUCAACCCGCAUUCUCUUGGAUUCCUCGCAUGAUGUCGUCUACCAACUGGCGCGAUCGCCAUGCUGCUUUGAUGGCCAUCUCCGCCAUAUCUGAGGGUUGUCGCGACCUGAUGGUCGGUGAGCUGGACCAGGUUCUAGCACUUGUUGUUCCUGCCCUCCAAGACGCCCACCCCCGAGUCCGCUAUGCAGGCUGCAAUGCCCUUGGUCAGAUGAGUACCGACUUUGCCGGUACCAUGCAGGAGAAGUACCACGAGAUUGUCCUCACUAACAUCAUUCCCGUUCUCGCCUCUACCGAGCCCCGUGUGCAGUCCCACGCUGCCGCCGCUCUCGUCAACUUCUGCGAGGAGGCGGAGCGCAGCACCUUGGAGCCAUACCUCGGAAACCUGCUCAGUCAUCUCCUGGAUCUCUUGCGCAGCCCUAAGCGUUAUCUGCAGGAGCAGGCGCUGUCCACCAUCGCCACCAUUGCCGAUUCCGCCGAGGCCGCUUUCGAUCAGUAUUAUACCACUCUGAUGCCUCUUUUGCUCAAUGUGCUCAAGGAGGAACAGGGUAAGGAGUACCGCCUUCUCCGUGCCAAGGCCAUGGAGUGUGCUACUCUGAUCGCACUGGCCGUUGGCAAGGAGAAGAUGGGUCAAGAUGCCCUGAACCUUGUGCAGAUUCUCGGCAACAUUCAGCAAAACAUCGUCGACGCCGAUGACCCACAGUCACAGUACCUCCUUCACUGCUGGGGCCGCAUGUGCCGCGUUCUAGGCCAAGACUUCGUGCCUUAUCUGCCCGGUGUUAUGCCUCCUCUCCUAACCGUCGCUGCCGCUAAGGCCGAUAUUCAGCUGCUGGAUGACGAGGACCAGAUUGAGCAGGUUGAGCAGGAUGAUGGCUGGGAGCUUGUACCGCUCAAGGGCAAGAUUAUCGGUAUCAAGACCAGUGCUCUUGAAGACAAGAAUACUGCUAUCGAAUUGAUCACGAUUUACGCUCAAAUUCUCGAGGAAAAUUUCGAGCCUUACGUCCUGGAAACCAUGGAGAAGAUCGCGGUCCCAGGUCUCGCCUUUUUCUUCCACGACCCCGUUCGAGUGUCGGCUGCCAAGCUGAUCCCUCAGCUGCUGAACUCCUUCAAGAAGUCACACGGUGGCCAGUCCCCCGGCUUCGCUGAAAUGUGGAACAAGGUCGCAGAGAAGAUCAUCGAGGUUCUGAGCGCUGAGCCGACAGUUGACACGCUGGCUGAGAUGUACCAGUGCUUCUACGAGUCGGUAGAGGUUGUUGGCAGAAACUCCCUCACCCCCCAGCACUUGCAGGCAUUCAUCGAAUCGGCGAAGUCGACCCUUGAGGACUACCAGAUGCGCGUGAAGCAACGUUUGGAGGAGCAGGCCGAGCUCGAAGAUGGUGACGAGGAGAACCUGGACUUUGAGUACGCCGUGGAAGACGACCAAAACCUAUUGAGCGAUAUGAACAAGGCCUUCCACACCAUCUUUAAGAACCAGGGCAACUCGUUCCUGCCAACCUGGCAGCAAUUGAUUCCAUUCUACGACGCUUUCAUCACAAGCCAAGACCCGACACAACGGCAGUGGGCUCUUUGCAUUAUGGAUGACGUGCUUGAAUUCUGCGGCGAAGAAUCGUGGGCAUUCAAGGACCACAUCAUGCAGCCCUUGGCUUCCGGUCUGCGAGAUGAGAAUGCCGCCAACCGUCAGGCAGCGGCGUACGGAGCCAGCCUCCCCAGCCUGUUCCAGGUUACACAGCAUGCGCAAUCCCGCACAGAGGAGAAUGUGUUCGCGACCGAGAAUGCAUCUGCCAGUAUUGCCAAGAUCCUGCACUACAACCCAUCGAAGGUUCAGGCUCCCCAGGAUGUCGUGACCAACUGGAUCGAGACUUUGCCCAUUACCUACGACGAGGAGGCUGCUCCCUAUGCCUAUUCCUUCAUCGCACAGCUGAUUGACCAGCAAAACCCGGCUGUCUUUGCCAAGGCUGACCGUGUCUUCGGUUUCAUCGUGCAGGCACUCGAGGCAGCUACCCUGCAGGGCCAGACCGCUGCCCGGGUGGCCACAUCUGCCAAGCAGCUGGUGGCAGUGACCGGCGCAAAUGCAGACCAGAUUCUGGCUUCUGUGGACCCGGCCAGCCAGGAAAGAGUGCGCAAGUUCUUCCAAUAA